AUGGAUAAGACAAACCAGACUACCUCACUGCCUGAAUUUCUCCUUCUGGGAUUUUCUGACCUCCGGGUACUGCAGGGCCCUCUAUUCUGGGUGGUGCUUCUGAUUUACCUGGUCACCUUGCUGGGCAACUCCGUGAUCAUCCUCCUCACUCAGGCCAGCCCUGCUCUGCACUCCCCCAUGUACUUUUUCCUGCGCCACCUCUCCGUGGUCGAAAUCCUCUACACCACCGACAUCGUGCCCAGGACCCUGGCUGACCUCACCUCCUUGCAUCCCAGGGGAAUCUCCUUUCAGAGCUGUGCAGCCCAAAUGUACGUUUUCAUUGUCUUGGGCAUCUCAGAGUGCUGCCUGCUCACAGCCAUGGCCUACGACCGCUAUGCCGCCAUCUGCAGACCCCUGCAUUACUCCACCCUCAUGAGCCAGCAGACCUGCACGGCCAUGGUCGCCUCCUCUUGGCUCAUGGGCAUCAUCACAGCCACCACCCACUCCUCCCUCAUCUUCACUCUGCCUUUCCCCAGCCAGCCCCUCAUCCCGCACUUCCUCUGCGACAUCCUGCCGGUUCUAAGGCUAGCCAGUGCGGGGAGGCACAGGAGUGAGGUCGCGGUGAUGACCGCCACUGUGGUCUUCAUCAUGACCCCCUUCUCUCUGAUUGUCACCUCGUACGCCCGCAUCCUGAAUGCCAUCUUGGCAAUGGCCUCUACCCAGAGUCGCCGCAAGGUCUUCUCUACCUGUUCCUCUCACCUGCUGGUGGUCACCCUCUUCUUUGGAACAGCCAGCGUCACCUACAUCCGGCCUCGGGCAGGCUCCUCGGUGACCGUGGACCGAAUCCUCAGCCUCUUCUACACAGUCAUCACUCCCAUGCUCAACCCCAUCAUCUACACCCUUCGGAACAAAGAGGUGACAGGGGCCCUGCUGCACAUGAUGAAGAGGCAUGUCCCCUCAUCCUAA